CCGACUUAAUAUUACGUACCCGAUGCUGUUUAAGCUGACCAAUAAAAAUUCAGACCGAAUGACACACUGUGGAGUCCUUGAAUUUGUGGCCGAUGAGGGCAUAUGUUACCUUCCACAUUGGAUGAUGCAGAACUUGCUGCUGGAGGAGGGAGGCCUGGUACAAGUGGAGAGUGUUAAUCUUCAAGUUGCUACUUACUCAAAAUUCCAGCCACAGAGUCCAGAUUUUCUUGACAUCACCAAUCCCAAAGCUGUAUUAGAAAAUGCAUUGAGAAACUUCGCUUGUCUAACUACUGGGGAUGUCAUUGCCAUCAACUACAAUGAAAAGGUAUAGUAUAUAACACGAGUCCAUGCAGGUUUUUUUGGAUACCAUUAAUUUGAGGAAGUAAAUUCUGCCCCAUGUAAGAAAGUACACUGUAUUUCAGUAGAUUGUGACCACAUAAGUACUUUGUACAUCUUGUGAAUAGAUUUUUAUAGAUGAGUGGUUUUGGCAACAUGGGCACAUUUGAUCACUUGGGGUUGUAGACUAAGAUCAGUUGUUGGAGUUUGGUGCUAAAACAGUCAGCACAAAGCUGUGCAGUAUUGUUGUCAAGUAAUUCCAGAUGGUAUAUUUUACAAUUGAUUUU